AUGAACAUACACAGGUCUACCCCCAUCACAAUAGCAAGAUAUGGGAGAUCGCGGAACAAAACCCAGGAUUUCGAAGAGUUGUCGUCUAUAAGGUCCGCCGAGCCCAGCCAGAGUUUCAGCCCGAACCUCGGCUCCCCGAGCCCGCCCGAGACUCCGAACUUGUCGCAUUGCGUUUCUUGCAUCGGGAAAUACUUAUUGUUGGAACCUCUGGAGGGAGACCACGUUUUUCGUGCCGUGCAUCUGCACAGUGGGGAGGAGCUGGUGUGCAAGGUGUUCGAUAUCAGCUGCUACCAGGAAUCCCUGGCCCCGUGCUUUUGCCUUUCUGCCCACAGCAACAUCAACCAAAUCACCGAAAUUAUCCUGGGGGAGACCAAAGCCUAUGUGUUCUUUGAGCGAAGCUAUGGGGACAUGCAUUCAUUUGUCCGCACCUGCAAGAAGCUGAGGGAGGAGGAGGCGGCCAGACUGUUCUAUCAGAUUGCAUCGGCCGUGGCCCACUGCCACGACGGGGGGCUGGUGCUACGGGACCUGAAGCUGCGGAAGUUCAUCUUUAAGGACGAAGAAAGGACUCGGGUCAAGCUGGAAAGCCUGGAAGAUGCCUACAUCCUGCGGGGGGAUGACGACUCCCUCUCCGACAAGCACGGCUGCCCCGCUUACGUAAGCCCGGAGAUCUUGAACACCAGUGGCAGCUACUCGGGCAAAGCAGCCGACGUGUGGAGCCUGGGCGUGAUGCUCUACACCAUGUUGGUGGGGCGGUACCCUUUCCAUGACAUUGAGCCCAGUUCCCUCUUCAGCAAGAUCCGGCGUGGCCAGUUCAACAUUCCAGAGACUCUGUCACCCAAGGCCAAGUGCCUCAUCCGAAGCAUCCUGCGGCGGGAGCCCUCAGAGAGGCUGACCUCGCAGGAAAUUCUGGACCAUCCUUGGUUUUCUACAGAUUUUAGCGUCUCGAAUUCAGGAUAUGGUGCUAAGGAAGUGUCUGAUCAGCUGGUGCCGGAUGUCAACAUGGAAGAGAACUUGGACCCUUUCUUUAACUGA